UUCAGGCCGUCCAGGCGCUUUCCGUGGCUUUCCGCGAGACACGGACACCGGUUGUAUGUGAUUCUCGGGUUUCUUUCAUGUGUUAACCGAUUGUUAUUAAUAAUCCCGAUUCAAUCUCGACAGAUUGAAGCCAUCUGCGCAGUUAUUCGCGAAUUUAUCAAAAGAUAGGAGGAAUAGAAUUCAGAAAAUGACAAAAAUAUAUACGUGCUGUAUAACCUAAAAGUACAGGUUAGGAUCACGUGGACCGUCAAAGUUUACGCUUUUUUUACGAGUGAAAUAAUAGCGAUAAGAAAUAAUAAUGGCAUCGAUUGCCAGACUAGUGAAUUCCGUCGACGUGAAUUCGAAGGAAUUCGAGUCGCUGGUGCACGAUUUGAUGGUCGAUAAUAACGACGUGCCGUUUGACGGCCACGAGGUCGACGCUGUGCAAAAUGCUUUCGUGAAGGGUGUCAAUUCUCGCAUAAAUCAAGCGGGAUGCGAUUUCCUGCCUAUCUUGGACAGAAUCUUGCCCACGUGUUCCAAGGAUACGUUUGCAAAGUACGGUUUGCUCUGGAUAGCCAAUGCCACGAAAGUGCUGGAAAACGUGCACAGCAGCGCGCGAGACUUGACCCUGGCGUGCAAAGUGUUGGGAGUUUUGGUCGAGCACUGCAAGGAAAUUCCGGAUUUGCACAAGCAGAUCUCCAUGCAACACGUGAAGCAGCUUCUGAAUGUUCUCAGCGCAUUGCAACCGGACGCGAAAUCUGGAGCAAUCUAUUACUUGGUGGCUGUACUGCUUUAUCAUUAUUCCGAAGUUUGCGAAAGGUUUCAGGAACUGAUAAGGAAAAUGAUAUUACUACAAAUCGAUUCCACGCAAGAGAACUUGGUUAACGCCAGCGCAAGAUGCUACGUUCUUCUGUCCAAAGCGACGGAGCGCUCAUUCAAACCACCGCCGUCUAAAUCUGUAUACACAUCAACGACGUACAACGAGGUGUUGCUUUGCAACAAUUUGCACGCUAUAAUGGACGAAUUGUUCUCCGGAUUGAUAGAGCUGGAGAGUGUAGACAUCUGGGAUAAAUUAGAAUUGCCACCCAUUUCUAAUCGGGACGCGGUACAAUGCUACAAUAGGCAGAAACAGAGAUUUACAAAUCUGUGCGUUUAUUUCGCCUCAAUGUUACGUGGAUACGAAGCGAGAAAUUCUGUUCUACCUCACGAUAUUCUAGGAGUCCUGUGCCGAGGAUUGGCGGUAACGCCGUUAAAUCUGGUGAAUAAAACUUCCUUUAAGGAACAGAUGCUGUACAUCAUCUUACCAAAAAUGCAUAUCGGCUUACUCAAAGUUUUGGACGCGUUUAUAAAUGGAUUUGCUCAGGAAUUGGUACCGUACGGGACAACUGUAUUACAGUUGUUUCAACAAACGUUGCAGUGGACAAGUGUCAUCUUGGAAAAUCAAGUGACGUUUAGCGACAGUAAACCUUUCCGAAGUGUCAGGAUAUACGCUUACAAGUGUCUGUGUUCGUGGCUAAUUAAUACGGGUUCAUUGUCGGGCAUAGAGACAGUUGGAAAUGAAUGCGUCGCGGGCAUAUUGAAGGAUGUGACACCAGAACGAGACUGCAUAUUAUUGGCCACGCAACCAAAAACGCAACACAUGUCUAAACGGGCAGUAAAACGUUUCAAACGUAGUCAGUAUGAAAAUAGUGCAGUUUUGAAUAAUCGAGAGAGCUCGACGAAAAACGGACGUCUCGAUGCGGAUUUGUGCAGAGGGGCUCUCGUCGCUUUGCAGAAUAUACUUUACAGCGGUAGUGUCCUGUUGAAACAGAUGAUUUACAAGAGCGUGCAGAAUACCGUGAUAUCCGUGUUGUACAAUCUUUAUCUGGAUGCUGCUGAACAGAAUUUCUAUAAAGAUCACAACGCAUGCCGCUUGGAGUUGUUUAGGGUAUUGAAGGCUUUGCAAAUGAAUCCACACGUCGCAUUGGCAUUUCCUACACAAUAUUGCCUGGAAAUAUCGCACAUGGCAGCUUACGAUGUCGAUUUGAGUAUUGCUCAAGAAGCAAAACUCGCGUUAGCCGAGCUGGAAAAAAUUAUACAUCCUGCUGCGCCUACGUUACAGUUACCUCGCCAGCAGGAAUCUGAUGAACUUAUGCCUGAAAAUCAAACAGAAGAAGUUGCUGCUACUAGCGGUAAAUCAGAUAAAAGAAGUAGGGCCGAAGAAGAGCUUUCUCAAGAUGCAGACGCGGCAUCAUCUGUACAUAAACGACCAAAAGUAACUACGACGCAAAACAUUGAAACAGUACAGAAUGGAAACGAUAUAGAAUUCACAGAGGAGAAUAGUAGCGUGGAUAUGAAUAUGGAUAUGAAUGAGGCUCAGGCAGACGACACAUAUAAGGAGAUAGAAGAAGAAGAAGAAGAGGUCGAAGAAGUAUUAGAAGAACGAGACAGGACACAAGACGAGAGGCAAAGUCAGCAAAGAAAUAUCGAGACAAGUCCAAAUGUUACUACUGAAAGUAGAGUGGAAUGUGUGGCCGCGCAUAUUAAUACAAAGGAACAGCGUGAGCAAUCUGAAGAUUCGGUAUCGCGUGUCGGCAAAAGAGUGGAAAGAAGUCCUAAAAUCAUCGAAAAGGUACAAAAGGCAUCGCAAAACGAAUGGGAAGAAUUGGACGAUGAUUUACUGAAUUCUCUAAAUUUGUUUCACGACGAAGUAAAAUCAAGCGAUUAAGCGCUUUUAUUUCAUAUAUCUUUGAAAUAAAAAAAAAAGAAACGUA